CACACAGGUUUCUUCCUGCUUCGAUGAAGGGAAUGACAGAUAUGCAGGGUGAUGAAGAGACAGACGUCAGGAGUCAAGGAAGAUGAUGGACUGAAGACUGAAGAAAGAACACAAUAUCAUCAUGUCCAGCAGAGAGAGCAGAGUUUUUGUUCGUGGUUCCUCUCGCAGAAGAAGAAAAAGCAAAGAGAAACCACCCUACAUGAGUGACCUGAGGAUCAUUCUUCUGGGGAAGAGCGUGUCAGAAAACAGUCGUGUGGGAAACUUCCUGUUGGGACAAGCAGCGUUUGACAGUGAAGCUCCUCCAGAUGUUGUAGAGAGAGUCGGAGGAAGAUUGAAGGACAGACAUGUGAUGGUCAUCAACAGUCCUCAGCUGCUCCAGACAAACAUCUCAGAUCAUCAGAUCACACAGACAGUGAGAGAGUGUGUGUCUCUGUCUGAUCCAGGACCUCAUGUGAUUGUUCUGCUCCUCAAACAUGAUCAGUGUUCAGCAGAAGAUCAGGAGUGUGUGGAGAAGGUGCUGGACUCUUUCUCUGAGAGGGUUUAUCAACACACCAUAGUGCUCACCACACAAAAGCCCACUGAAACCAAUGACAUCCUACAGAAGAUCAUUCAGAAAUGCUUCAAUAGACACUUCAGUCUUCAGAGGAGCAGCUCUUCUGCAGACGAUCUUCUGCAGAUGUUUGAGGACAUUGUGAAAAUGAAUGAUGGACAACACCUGGAUUGUGCAGAAGGUUCACAGUAUUUCACAAUGAAGCAACAAGCCACAGAAAGACUUUCAGAGGGUGUGAAGAUGAAUCUGGUUAUCUGUGGGAGUGACGGGACAUUAAAAUCCUCCAUAUCAGAGCAGAUCCUGGAUCUUCAUGGACGUCAGAUCAGUCUGGUGGAUCUUCCAGCUCUGUUCAACACUCGUCUCUCAGAGGAGGAAGUGAUGCGUCAGACUCUCCGCUGUGUGUCUCUCUGUGAUCCUGGAGUUCAUGUUUUCCUCCUCAUUAUUCCUGAUGCUCCUCUAAAUAAUGAAGACAAAGCAGAAAUGGAGGAGAUCCAGAGGAUCUUCAGCUCCAGAAUCAACAAACACAUGAUGAUCCUCAUAAUGCAGAGUUCAGAGCAUCAGACAGCAGAACUCGAUGAAGAAACACAGUCUGUCAUUGAGAGAUUUGGAGGUCGACAUCAUUUCUUUGGUCCCAACACACAAGUGUCCACAUUGAUGAAGAACAUUGAGAAGAUGCUGAAAGAAACACAGAGGAGAGUUUUUCUCCACAGAGACAUUUCUGGAGAUGCAGAUGAAAAAACUGAUGAAAUAUGA